GCUGUUUUGAGGGGGAGAAGGAGACUCCUUCACUCUUCUUUACCUUGUCUUCUGUUUUUGGGGCGAUAUCAAGCACAUUUACUGACUCAAGGUUUCAGGUGGAUAGUUGUGUUUUUAAACCUCGUAUCUGAGCAGCAGGGAGGAACAAACUGUGAGGAGAUCCGCUUCCGCUUUAGAGCUUGUUAGUUAGCUUUAUAUUAGCCAGCAGCUACCAGUAGAUUUACGGCUUAUAUCCGCGGCUCCCCUGCCAAGUAGACAGGCUAAAGCUGGAUGCGCUGGCCGGACACAAUGCUCUGGUUAGUUUUCCACAGUCUCAGUAUUGACUUUGGUAAAUAACUCAGCACAUUAGUAACAAAUCAGCGCAAUCGUAGCUUGGUUUGAGCUCAGCCUGUUUGGUUUUGGCCUGUUUCAUUGUCUCCGAUCAUCGAAAGAAAAAAAGAGAAAAAAAAUCACACACACACAAGUUGUUUUUUAGUGUGGGCAGGUUGUUGUUAGGUUAAGUCAGCCGUGUUAUCAACUGUCGUUAUGGCACAACACGAUUCCUCUCAUGUAGCCAGCUCACAGAAAGCACUCAUGUUGGAGAUGAAGAGUCUUCAGGAGGAGCCUGUCGAGGGAUUCAAAAUAACACUGGUGGACGAGGCAGAUCUGUACAACUGGGAAGUGGCCAUUUUCGGACCCCCCAACACUCAUUAUGAAGGGGGAUACUUUAAGGCUCGGAUCAAGUUCCCUAUAGACUACCCGUACUCCCCACCUGCCUUCCGGUUCCUCACAAAGAUGUGGCACCCAAACAUCUAUGAGAAUGGAGAUGUGUGCAUUUCUAUAUUGCACCCUCCAGUGGAUGACCCGCAGAGUGGAGAGCUGCCUUCAGAGAGAUGGAAUCCCACCCAGAAUGUCCGGACCAUUUUGCUGAGUGUGAUCUCGCUGCUGAAUGAACCCAACACCUUCUCUCCUGCCAACGUGGACGCCUCCGUCAUGUACCGCAAAUGGAGGGACAGCAAAGGCAAGGACAGGGAAUACGUUGAGAUCAUCAGGAAGCAAGUGUUGGCUACCAAGGCCGAGGCUGAGCGUGAUGGCGUGAAGGUGCCAACCACACUAGCCGAGUACUGCGUCCGCACACGCGCCCCACCUCCCGACGAAGGCUCUGACCUCUUCUAUGACUAUUACUAUGACGAUGACGACGUGGAGGACGGAGAUGGCGACUGCUGCUACGAUGAAGACGACUCGGGCAAUGAGGAGUCUUGACGUGCUUCUUUUGUUUAUUUGUUUUUUAUUUGUUACAGCACGCCCCUAUGUCUAGCUGACAUAUGCUACACCCCGUUUUUCUGCCCAGGUUGUCAUAAAUUCUAGGUGUACAACCUGAGAAAGUUUUGACGCCUCCCACCUUUUAAACCAAUGAAAAGAGCUGUUUUUUCUUUAGCUUCUGAACUCUUUUCGGAGGCUGAAAUCGAUGCAUCGUUGUGGAAGGGUCUGACCUGGUAAGAUUUGCACCAGCACAAAAAAAAGUCAUCAGUUCAAAGAAUUUAGCAAACUUUUUUUUUUUUUUUUCAUCAUCAUCACAGAAAACCUUACUUUGAGACCUUCAGAUAUUGCUUUAUAGAUUUAAGAUGUUCACUCCCCUGUACAGUAUAAGAUGUUGUGGGUUAAUACCACUUUCAACAACAGCAACAUUUGCACUGGUGCAAACUUUUCUCAGCCUCUUUCUCGCAUAUCUUUAUUUCCUUAAUUGUAACUGGGUUUUGCUCACCAGUAGUUGGUCUCAGCAACCGACAGAAGAUCGAGGACUUGAAGCAGCCUGUUGGUGUCGAACAGUGUAACUGCAAACUGCAAUACAUUGAAUCAGACAUUUCAAAGUCUCGCCGUCUGUCUUGCUCCAGUAAGGACGGGACAUCAUGGGACAGUGUUUUCAACAUUCUUGUGCAUGCCAGAACAUCUCGGAAGCUUUUUGUCUCUUUUACUGGUGGACUGUUUACCCACAUCAUGAUCUGUUUUCAGCUGGGUGAUAACAAAAACUUGCGACGAUGGAGAUCCUAGAGAACUCUCUAUGUGGAUGCCAGCUGGGUCAGUGAGGUCAAAUCCUCAUGUGAACAUUUUUUGGCAACAUGAAAUUGAUCUUUGCUGUGUUCUUCUGGUUACUGUUUGAUGUGUUUCUGUCAUUUUGAGUGUGGGGUUUUGUUAUUUGAAUUAGCUCAGAUAAAGAGCCAUGUAGGGUGUUUUUUGGGGAGGUGGGCAGAACUAAUUACUGAUCAGAAAUAUAUUUCUCCUCAGGUUGGCUCUCUGAGAGACCUGAUGGAGCCAAAGACUAAAGCAGCGUAAAAAGAAAGCCCCAAACAUUUUAUGAAUGUUUGUUAUAUUCUCGUCUUUGUUUUCUGUUUGCUCUAGCUUUGUUACUUUAGCCUCUUUCUUUGGUUAGACAUUAUGCUUGCAAUCUUUGCUUGAGAAUGAUUUAUGUGAUGAGAUUAUUUGGUUUGACUGGCAAAAAAAAAAAAAAAAGCUUCUGUAGAGAAUUUUCUGUCAAAAGUUGUUGCAGUAUCGGUAAGGAUUAUCAGUUUUUCAGCCCUGGAAGUGAAAAAGAACAAGGCCACCGUGUUUUAAUGUUCUUUGUGUUAGUGGAGAGUGGACGAGUUUUGAUAUAUUUUUUUAGAGUGUAUGGGUAUCCUCUGUGUGUAUUUUGCAUCAGCAAUAUUGAUUGUUUAAUUUACUCAAAUUGGACUUCACACUGAAUUUCUCAGGAUAAUAAAAAAACAAUUAAGGUAAGCAAUUAUUUUCCUCUUCUAGGUGGUCUUCAGAGUUGGUUUACAGCCUCAACAGGAACCAUAAUCUGAUAUGCACAUGUACGGAUGAUCAGCUUGUUGUUUUAUUCACCUGUGUUUACUUUUUAUUUUCAGCUAUUUAAAACAAAAAUAAAGAUUUAUUGGGGAAAAAAA